AUGUCGCUCAUGGUCGUUAGCGUGGCGUGUGUUGGGUUCUUCUUGGUCCAGAGGGCCUGUCCACACACGGGAGUCCACAGAAAACCUUCUCUCCUGGCCCUCCCAGGUCCCCUGGUGAAAUCAGAAGAGACGGUCAUCCUGCAGUGCUGGUCAGAUAUCAAGUUUGAGCACUUCCUUCUGCACCGAGUGGGGAAGUUUGAGGAGCCCUUGCAUCUCAUCGGAGAGCUCCAUGAUGGGGGCUCCAAGGCCAAUGUCUCCAUCAGUCCAGUGACACCUGCCCUGGCAGGGACCUACCAAUGCUACGGUUCUGUCACUCACUCCCCCUAUGUGUUGUCAGCUCCCAGUGAUCCCCUGGAGAUCGUGAUCACAGGUAAAUAUGAGAAACCUUCUCUCUCAGCCCAGCCGGGCCCCACGGUUCAGGCAGGAGAGAACGUGACCUUGUCCUGCAGCUCCUGGCGCUCCUUUGACAUGUACCAUCUAUCCAGGGAGGGGGAGGCCCAUGAACUUAGGCUCCCUGCAGUGCCCAGUGUCCAUGGAACGUUCCAGGCCGACUUCCCUCUGGGACCCAUGGAGGGACCUACAGAUGCUUCGGUUCUUUCCGUGCCCCACCCUUCGAGUGGUCAGACCCGAGUGACCCACUGCCCGUUUCUGUCACAGGGAACUCUUCAAAUGGUUGGCCUUCACCCACUGAACCAAGUUCCAAAACUGGUAUCCCCAGACACCUGCAUGUUCUGAUUGUGUCCUCAGUGGUCAUGAUUCUCUUCACCAUCCUCUUCUUCUUUCUCCUGCAUCGCUGGUGCUCCAAUGAAAAGGAUGCUGCUGUAAUGGACCAAGAGCCUGGAGUGGAAAGAACAGUGAAUCCGGAGGACUCUGAUGAACAAGACCCUCAGGAGGUGACAUACGCACAGUUGGAUCACUGCGUUUUCACACAGGGAAAAAUCACUCGCCCUUCUCAGAGGUCCAAGAGACCCCCAACAGAUACCAGCGUGUACAUAGAGCUUCCAGAUGCUGAGCCCAGAUCGAAAGUUGACCACAGUCAGGCCUUGAGGGGGUCCUCCAGGGAGACAACAGCCCUGUCUCAAACCCAGCUUGCCAGUUCCAAUGUACCAGCAGCAGGAAUCUGAAGCUGUGAGUCUGCAUCUUAGGG